GCUCGAGCAGAAAGCAAAACAUGGCCGAUCAGCAUCCGGAUCUCGAUCCAGCUCCGGCCUUCGACGCCUAUAAAUACCUCAAUCUUGUCCUGCACCCAGACGGCGCGGUCACGCGUGGCUUCCACAUGGUAGAUAUCCCCGCCGACCCCAAUCCCGACCAGCCCUCCGCUGUCCGCACCAAGGACGUCCCGGUCGACCUGACCCACAACACAUGGGCCCGGAUCUACGUGCCUAGCCUGUCACCCCCGCCUGACCAGAGACUGCCGCUCAUCGUAUAUUACCACGGCGGCGGUUUCAUAUACUCCUCCCCGGCCCACGAGAUAUUCCACGUUUUCUGCUCCCUCAUGGCGGCCAAGCUUGGUGCCGUCGUCGUCUCCCCCAGCUUCCGCCUUGCGCCGGAGCACCGCCUCCCUGCGGCCUAUGAUGACGCCAUGGAGGCCCUCCGCUGGGUCAGGACCACCGAGGAGGAGUGGCUUCGCGAGGGCGUUGACUUCUCGCGGUGCUACCUGAUGGGCACGGCCGCUGGGGGGAACAUCGCGUACCAUGUGGGCCUCCAUGCGUGCGCCACCCCGGCCGAUCUAGAGCCUUUGGUGAUCAGAACCCUGAUCUUGCACCACCCCUUCUUCGGCGGACUCCAGAGGACCGAGUCGGAAGUUAGGCUGUUCAACAACCCAAUCCUGCCGAUGAACGUGGCAGACCUAUUCUGGGAGCUCGCGCUUCCGGCCGGCACAGACCGGGACCACCAGUAUUGCAACCCGAUGGCUGGGGAGAGACUGGGGGAGUGGGAGAGGAUGAGAACGAUGGGGUGGCGGGUGGUGGUGGUGGGUGGUGGCCGAGAUCCAAUCAUAGAUCGGCAGAGGGAGUUGGCAGCGCAGCUGGAGGCGAAUGGCAUAAAAAUGGUGGGCCUCUUCAGCGGCGAAGGCGAUUAUCAUCAAGAGGAGUUACUGGAACUGGCUAAGGCGGAGCUGCUGCUCGAGAAACUGAAAGGUAUCCUUCAUGGGGGCACCUUGGCUAUUCCGGCAGCCGGGGACGGGAAGAUAAACUGCGGUCAAAAACGGAUGCUAUCUACUGAAUGAAAACAACCUCAUUAUCUCGUAAGAUAGUGAAGUUUGAGUAGCAUUACGUGUUUUCAUACAUCAUCCUCAUCUCCGCCAUUGAAAAAGGCAUAAAUGCUUCCAACCGCAAUAGACAGUGAUAUGAUACACAUUUGCUUUUACUUUGCACUUCUCUCUUCCGUUCUGAUCAUCGAUAGGAGGAUCGAUCCCGGUCCUAAACCCCCAAGGCUUUAACCAGGAUUUUUGCAUUGCCUAUUAAUUCUUGGACCCGAGCUUUGGUCGGCAAGAUGGUCCUUAAGUUUUAGAAUCAACAGCUUCUACCUUCCGGGAGAUUUCUGAAUUGAUACAAGUCGCCACAAACCAUAUAUUAUAGU